GUACAGCUGUCAGUGUCAUCACAACUCGAGAACAAGUUGCUUAUUCCGCUUAUUCGGCCGGUUAGAGUUUCCUAUUAAUAUAACGUUAAUUAUUUCAUCAUUGCAAUGGCUAUGCGAGAUUACGCAGCUGACAAAGAAACGCUUAAGAAUUUCUUCGUAGACUUCUGCCAGACCGAUGAUGAGGGGCAUAAGCAUUUUAAAUAUGCUGAACAACUUACUAGAGUCGCGCACAGGGAACAGGUGGCCUUUACUGUGGAGUUGGAUGACCUGCACGAAACAAAUGAAGAUCUGGUCGAGGCUGUGCGCCAGAACACGCGUCGCUACACGAGCAUGGUGUCGGAUGUAGUGUAUGAGAUGCUUCCUGACUACAAACACAGAGAGGUUUCUGCUAAAGAUGCGUUAGAUGUAUAUAUCGAGCACCGCAUCGUGCUGGAGGCGCGGAACCACAGGGUCCCCGGGGAGAUGAGGGAUCCCAGGAAUCGGUACCCCCCUGAGCUGAUCAGACGAUUUGAAGUGUACUUCAAAGAUCUAUCCAGUGCAAAGUCUGUGCCAAUUAGAGAAGUAAAGGCUGAACACAUUGGCAAAUUGACAACAGUAAGAGGCAUAGUAACGCGGUGCACGGAGGUGAAGCCCCUGCUGGUGGUGGCGACGUACUCGUGCGGCGCGUGCGGCGCCGAGACGUACCAGCCGGUGCGCGCGCUGCACUUCACGCCGCCGUCCGCCUGCGCCGCCGACGCCUGCCGCCUCAACAACGCGGCCGGCCAGCUGCACCUGCAGACGCGCGGCUCGCGCUUCCAGAAGUUCCAGGAGAUCAAGAUACAGGAACAUUCGGAGCAGGUGCCGGUGGGGCACAUCCCGCGGCAGCUGGCGGUGUACUGCCGCGGGGAGCAGUGCCGGCGCGCGCAGCCGGGCGACCACGUGGCCGUCAGCGGCGUCUUCCUGCCGCUGCUGGGCGCCGGCUUCCGCCAGCUCAUGCAGGGCCUGCUCUCCGACACCUACCUCGAGGCUCACGGCGUGACGUGCGUGAGCCAGAGCGAGGAGUGCGCGAGCGCGGAGGCGCUGUCGGAGGACGAGCUAGCGCAGCUGGCGGAGGAGCAGCUGUACGCGCGCAUGGCGCGCUCGCUGGCGCCCGAGAUCUACGGCCACGAGGACGUCAAGAAGGCGCUGCUGCUGCUGCUCGUUGGCGGCGUCGACAGACGGGCGAACGGCAUGAAGAUCCGCGGCAACAUCAACAUCUGCCUGAUGGGCGACCCGGGCGUGGCCAAGUCGCAGCUGCUCAACUACAUCGACCGCCUGGCGCCGCGCAGCCAGUACACCACCGGCCGCGGCUCCUCGGGCGUCGGCCUCACCGCCGCCGUCAUGAAGGACCCGUUCACCGGCGAGAUGAUGCUGGAGGGCGGCGCGCUGGUGCUGGCCGACCAGGGCGUGUGCUGCAUCGACGAGUUCGACAAGAUGGCCGACGCCGACCGCACCGCCAUCCACGAGGUUAUGGAGCAGCAGACCAUCAGCAUCGCCAAGGCGGGCAUCAUGACGUGUCUGAACGCGCGCGUGUCGAUCCUGGCGGCCGCCAACCCCGCCUACGGCCGCUACAACCCCAAGCGCAGCGUCGAGCAGAACAUACAGCUGCCCGCCGCGCUGCUCUCGCGCUUCGACCUGCUGUGGCUCAUCCGCGAUCAGCCUAAUCGCGAGAAGGACCUGGAGCUGGCGAAGCACAUCGCGUACGUGCACCAGCACGGCGCGCAGCCGGCGGCCGAGACGCGCGCGCUGCCCAUGCGCCUCGUGCGCCGCUACGUGGCGCUCGCGCGCCGCAAGCAGCCCGUCGUGCCGCGCCACCUCGCCGACUACAUCGUCUCGUCGUACGUGGAGCUGCGGCGGGAGGCGCGCAGCGCGCGCGACGUCACCUUCACCUCCGCCCGGAACCUGCUGGCGAUCCUGCGCCUCUCCACCGCCUUGGCUCGGCUCAGAUUGUCAGACGUAGUAGAAAAAGAAGACGUUUCAGAGGCUAUCCGCUUGGUGGAGAUGUCUAAACAGUCGCUACAGCAUGUCGAUGAAAAUGUUCAGAGGGGCAUCAGCUCGACGGACCGCAUCUUCGCCGUGGUCCGCGACCUGGCGGGCGCCAGCCAGACCGUCCGGAUCGCGGACGUCAUCGAGCGCUGCGUCGACAAGGGCUUCAAACCCGACCAGGUGGAGGCGUGCAUCGAGGAGUACGAGAACCUGAACGUGUGGCAGGUCAACCAGGUGCGCACCAAGAUCACCUUCAUGUGACCUGCCUCUACUGCACCUAAUCUUACCUUACCACUACCUUUUAUAUUUAGUGCUAAGAUAUUUUCGUUGCAUUUCAAUUGUCCACGCGGUACGUUCCUACAUUAUGUUAUGAUCUCUCCUUCAAGUUAUAAACCAUAAAUUGCGCGGGGGAUUCGACCAUCGCCUCACAGUAUUUAGACAAACAGAAAUGCAACUAGAAUAAUUUAUGAUCUUUUUAGUUUUGUAGGCUGCAUCAUAACUUUACCGACUACUGUCAUUAUUCAUGAGUUUUGUCAAUUUGUGUUGUUUUUUAGUAAAAAUAGCUCUUUUAACAAUCGUGUUAAGUAGCUGCUGAUACGCAAUAAUGUGUCAUCCUCAUCCCACAUGCAUUUUGCAAUAAAAUGUCAACUUUAAUCGUCAAAUUUUGUGUCGUCGUCGUCAAAAAGUUAAUGCAUGACACAUUAUUGCAUAUCAACAUCCAAAUUUGUAAUGGCAUUAUUUUACUAUAAGUACUUACACUACUUACUAAAAUGUUCCGUUUUAUGAAUAAUGAUGUUGUUUUAAGUACUUUUAAUGAUGUAUUACCAGAGGGCGGAAUUGCUCAUGGCAAAAAUCAAACGUCAAUAGAGUUGGAAUGUAAAAUUUUAUCGACAUUUUCAGCUAUCGAUAAAUUCAGUCUCCUUUUACAUUUAACCUCUUUGACUUUAAACCUCUUUGAUUAGCUAUUCGACCAUUUGAUUUUGACCUCUUUGAUUAAUUUAAAAGUAAAUUGUAUGACAUAUAAUUACAAUUACCAUUUCUGUCACUAGUCCUUUUGAAACUAAUUCACGUUUGAAAAAAAUGG